CAGGGAGCAAGGCACUCCUCUUGGCCAGUGAAUCAGGAGCAGUGAACUCUGGAGCUUUAUGGAGAGGUUUGAUGCUGCUGCUUUAUGGGGAGCACUGUGAGAACUGUGAGAAGUUGUAUGCUUUUGAUUAGAAAAAAUGGGAAGACUUCUGACUGGGUUCUGCUUUAAUAUUAGAAAUGGAAACUGUAUCUGGAAGACUCUAGAAGAGCAAUAACAUCGUAAGUAUUAUAACAAGUUCUGUGGUUGGGAAAGAAAGGUAUUUUUAAAUUAAUCAGAGGAGUAGACCAUUUGGGAUCAACUGGAGACAAGCUACUGGCUGAUGUCACUUGAAGGAAAAAUUAAGAUGUUAUUUGGAGCCAGUGUGUGGCAAGAUUUGUCCCUUUAGACAGCUGCUACUUUCAAUUGCUUUGGGCAAAGUGCAGUUACUUUUUCUUAUGAGUCAUUAGAAUUAAAGGAAUGUAAUCUUAGAAGUCCUGAUUUGUAUUUGCAAUCAAUAACAGCUGUAAUAUUUAUGUUAACAUUACAGUUAAUGCUGUGCUUCCUGGUGUAAGGGCACUUCUCAUAGAUAUUUGAGUCUCUUUUGUUUAGAUAUAAAAGUUCAGCACUUGCAAGCACUUAAACAAUGCUCCUGCUAAAUACCAAAAAAAUGGAACCAAUUUCCCCAAAUAAAAAGACUCAUUCCAUAUUAAAAACUUUAAAAAAAAUUAUUUUUUUCCCAUUCACAUUUGCUUUUCUUUACACUUUAAUUUUCAGUGACAGACAGCAAAGUAAAUGUGAGUUUACAACAGCUCAAUAAAUAAGGUAUUCUUCACUCCUACAUUUCUCUCUUGUUGGCAAUGUCAAGUUUUCUGAAAAUAGUCUUUGGAACUGGGAGAGGAGGUUGUUUUUAGAAAUUUGUUUGGGUCUAAAUACCAUGUACAAAUUUAGAAUCAAAGCAGCAAUUUGUAAGGAGAAUGUUUUUCUCUGACAGGCAUGAGCCACAGUGCCAGCCAAUGUUUCUUUAACCUGCUGCAUCUGAGGUGUCUGGAGGGCUGGUCCCUGUGCCUUUGAUGACACACAGCGUUGUAACCAUUUGGGUGCAUUCUGAGUGUGCUUUUAUGAAGCAGAAACUUUGUAGUAGACAGCACUGAAAUGACAUAUUGCAACUUGUUGUAAUUACUGGGUAGUGUGUUCAGGAGCAGUCCCUGUAACGUAGUGUAAAAUAAUGCUCUUCUCUCUGUUCAAAAGGCCAGGAGAAAGAGACUGAUGUUUCACUCCUUAAAAGUGCUGAGUGGCCUGGAGGUCACUUGGUGCCUCAGGCCACUUGGCCUGUAGAAAUAAGGUCUUUUUUAAAAACACACCUAAAAAUAGAUUAGAAGUCUAUUUUUAAUCUCCUGGAAAUCUGUUUUCUGAUCUGUAAUGUUAAAUGAAACUUGCAGGAUACUUGGGGGUUAGGAUGUAGGAUUCUCUACCUAUUCACUGCUGCUUUUUGACUGGGGUUUUCCUGAGCUUUCCAUGAAAGCAUCUGUAAGGAGAAUGAAGAGAAAUGGACAUUACUUUAGCCUGAGUUCCUGCUGUCAGAAGACUUGACCACUUGUGCAGGGAGAUAGAUGAGACCAAGCUAUCAGCUUGUUUUGGAUGCACAGCUUUUCCUCUCUCAGAGUGAACCCAGGCAGCUGUGCUGCUGCUGCUGCUGUCACAGCUCUGGGUUGGAGUGCCCAGCCCUCAGCAUUCUCAGGCUUGAGGAAAGGGCAUCUCAUCCUUCUGUGUUCUCUCCCUCCUCUCCUUAUGAGCAUUCAAAAUCCAGCAGAACUGACACCCUCCUCUGUAAGGAAACGCUGCUCAGUUGAAAGUGAGGACAGUUUUCUGAGCUGUUCAGGUUUCUAAAGGUCUAGCAUUGAAUUAAUGCCAUGCUGGACUGGAAAUAACUGGUCAUAUUAAAAGAGAAGGGAAGAUGUCAUCUGGUUUUGCUCUACACUGUCUUUCAUGUUCUUUUCCUCCAUUUUUCUUCCAUCUUUUAUUCAUGCAGUUGUGUGUAAAAAUAUAUAAUUUGUUGACUCUUGUUUUGGGGAUAUUGCCACGUAUAGCUGUGGAUUUAGAGAUUUGAUCAAGUACUGUUUAAGUCAAUUGAAUGUAAUGACUCCACUAGCUCUCAAUGGAGAUAAAUUGAAUUCUUUGCAGAGUUUGCAGGGGCUGCCAAAAGUAUCUCAGUGUUUUAAUUUCUGUAUGUUUGUGUAUAAUACUUGUGAGACAAAAUAUUAUUAUUUCAAAAUGUGAAAUUCUUUUUUUACUUCUGUUUAGUUAAAAUAUGUAUGAUAUCAACUAUAGUAAACCCUGCUGGCUGACACAGUCUAAAGUCCAGCUAUUGCCAACAUAAUUUGCCCUCUGCACUGUACUUCAGCAGUCUUUAAUUAUGUGAUAAGAUUUAAAAACAGAUAUGCCUCACAUUUUUUCUCAUCAACCACAGGUGAUGUAUAAUACUGUUCUCUCUCUGUUUGACAGUACAAGAAAAGAAUGUCCUUGCCUUUAUUGCAGUUUUAAUGAAUGUUAGGAAAUUAUAAACCAUUUGCAUUAGUUACUCUGAAUUUAAUGCAUCGUUAAGGUGUCAAGAGAGUUAGUUGGUUGACUCCAGUGCCUUUGAAUUAAACAGUGAUAAUGAGACAAUUGCUCAGAGUUAAGUUAUGGUGUUAAUUAUUUAGCUGACUUGUGAUUAUUAUAUUACUGAAAAGAAAAAACUUUAUACAUGGGGAAACACAAGUUUUAAGUCAGCUUCCAAUUUACUGACUAAAGCAAAUAAAUAAUAGAAAUAAUUUCCAAAAAGAAAACUUAGAUGUGAUUUCAUACUCUUUUUAGAAUACUUUGAAGAAAAUAUAUGUUGUCUUUAUGAUUGUAUGUUUGUGUUGGAGGACUGGGACAAUUGUAUAUACAAGCAAUUGUUAAGUAGCUAAUAGUCAAGCCAAGAGCUAGUAUAAAUCUUGAUGAUGAUGAUGAUUACUAUAAUUACUAUUAUUUAAUUGAUGAAUUGUUUGUAACUGCAAUCACCUUUAAAGAGUGCUGUACACAGAAAAGAAAAAACAGGUUUGUUCCACGUGGAACUGAGGAGUGCAUACGUGUGGAGUACAGUGUGGCCAGAACUCACCUGACUUGGCACUGCAGAACGUGGCAUUGGACUGGAAUGUUUUGGACUGUAUAUGUGCACUACAGUUAUCCAACAAACCUUUAAUUGGAAAGCUUCCACUUUCAGUGGUGAGAUUCCUGUUUCCACUGGAGCAGAAUUUCCAAACAGAAGAAGAGGACAUCACCAGAGGCACUCCAGACAUGUAAUGUUCCUUAUUCAGCAAAUCAGAUGAACAGGUGCUGAAAUGUUGGCUCUUCAAGCAGUCCCAGUAGAGUUAUCACAGAAAAAUGUGUAUCUUUACAACAAAGUAAAAGGAAAUGGGCAACCCUGAAAAAAACCACAACCAAGAUGUUCUAAUUUUUGUAUAUCACAAUGCAAUUUUUCUGCAAUUUGCUCAGUUAAACAAUAUAUUUGGUGCAAUUCACAAGGUGACUUUUCAAAUCCACUUAUAGUGUUUGCAUUAUACAUUUUCAUGGUGAAAGUCUUCCACUGUAACAUUUUUUUAUCUAUCUAUCUAUCUAUCUAUCUAUCUAUCUAUCUAUCUAUCUAUCUAUCUAUCUAUCUAUCUAUCUAUCUAUCUAUCUAUCUCACAUAUAGAAUUAGGAUUAAUUUUGUAUUUUUUUUAUUUUUAGGUAUUCUUGGGUUUUGUAGUCAAUAUUUUUCUAGUAUUUGUCUAAUCAGUAAGCUAUGGUGUUGAAUAGUGUCAUUGGAAGUAGAAGCCUAAACAAAAUUCCUCACUUGAUUUGAAAGGCAGGCUGUCUUUCUGUACUUAAACACUGCUGUAUUUAAUGUAGUUUCAUGUCUUUUUGUAUGUUUUUACCAGGACUGCUGUCUUAAGUCUUAGCUUUGAAACAACACUAUGGAGCAUGAUAUCCUUCCUAUGACUAGAAUUGUGCAAAGGAACAUGUCUGUAUGAAUUAAUAUACAGAAUAAGGCCUUGGGAGGGGAACCACUACAGCUCCUGAUAUCAAUGCAGACUAACAAUUAAACCCUAGGUCCUCAGUAGCUUCUGGACAGUUAUAAUCAGGACAAUAAUACCAAUGGAGAGGGUAAUGCUGCAGGUGAGGUGUAAAUAGAUGAGAGAGACAGCGUGUGAUGAGAGACACAAAUGGAGAAGACAGAAAAACUGGAAGAAAACUGAAGAAGGGACAGGAAGAGGUUUGUGAACAGACAGCUUUCCAGAAACAAGCCUUUGUUCUCUUAUGGACAGUUGAAGAACAAUGGCUUCCUUCAGCAACCUGACUGUUGGCAUUGCUCUUGCCAGUUUUACUGUAUUUCAGCUCCUGUUCCAUGUUGUAAGUUCUUGGGUGUCAACACGAAUAACACCUGGUUUUAACAAUCUCAGCCAAAAAAGGAAGAUCGAAUGGAAUUCAAGGACAGUGUCCACAUUCCACGCCUUGGUGGUUGGAGGAUUUUGCCUUUACAUUUUAUUGUAUGAUGAUGCUGUUAAUGCUGACCAUCUCUGGGGUGACCCUUCAAUUGUGAAGCUGAAUAUUGCUAUUACCACAGGCUACCUCAUUUCUGAUCUGUUGCUUAUUAUUUGCUACUGGAAGGCAAUUGGUGACAAAUAUUUUGUAAUACAUCACUUGGCAGCUCUGUAUGCUUACUAUUUUGUACUGAGCAAAGGUCUGCUGGCUUAUUUUGGGAACUUCCGUCUCCUUGCAGAGUUCUCCACUCCUUUUGUCAAUCAGCGGUGGUUUUUUGAAGUACUGGGAUAUCCCAAAUCUUCAAAGGCCAACAUCAUCAAUGGUGUGCUGAUGACAGUUGUGUUCUUCGUGGUGAGGAUUGCCGUCAUGCCUGUGUAUUACAGCCACGUCAUCUCUUCCUUUGGAACAGAAGGCUUCCACAGAUUAGGAUUUGCAGCCCAGAGCGCCUGGAUGAUCUCAAGUGUUGUCUUGGAUAUUAUGAAUGUGAUGUGGAUGGUCAAAAUUGCAAAAGGAUGCUACAAGGUCAUUUGUCUUAUUGGACAGGAGGAAGCGAAAACUCAUAGAAAUGGAAAAUCUGCCUAGAAAUCAUACAUAAAUGAAAUUUCUGCUAUGAAAAUAAUUUGGGUUCACUGAAACAGUGCACAUUUCUGCCAUGGAAUGCUCCUAUUAUGGAAACAAGGUAUUACCUCUGUACUGACCUUACUCUUUCCCUAGCCACACUGCCUGCACGCCCAGGGCCACGCUUUGCGGAUCCUGUCCAGUGAGGAAUAAAAGCAAAAGCUCACACGGAUGAGCUCCACAUGCCUGUUGUAAGCAGUUGCAAGCAUCAGAAGUUAGAAAGGAGCAGACUGGUUACUGCUUACUGUCCACCAGUGUGUUCAAAGUGUUUCUCUCAGGUUUCUCUGAUUAAAAUGUUUUAUAAAUCCAGUGAAUACUGACAUAUCUGUUUUUUUAGAAAAUGAAAAAUUCCCCGAACUCCUGAUAUGGUGCAAUUUUCCAGGCACGUUUCUAUGUUUUCUUCUAGGAAUAACAAUCAAGAUUUCAUUCUUGACAACUUUUUAAUUUUUGCAAGAAAAGCUAAAAAUUUGGCUUUGAUUCUAUGAAGUCUUUUACUGCUUUUUGUUCUGCCUUAUAUGAAUGCAAACCAUUUUGGGAAAUUUUGAAAUAAUUUUAUCUAAAAUGCUGUAUUAUAAGACCACAUGAUAUCUUAAGAGCUGUUAAAAUUCUCCCAUUGAUGGGAAGUAUUCCCAUGAGCUGUCCUAGGUUACAUACAAUAGUACAUCUUCUAAAUUCCCCAUGGAACAUUUUUUGUAAGUUAAUAUGGUAGAUGAUGUGGAAAUGGCAUAGUUCUUACUGAAGUGCUCUUUCCUUUGCUGCUACUAUCUUUGAGAAGUGCUGCAGUUCUUCUCAGAGUAUUUUUAACCGUUGGCUAUUUGGAUUCAAAGUUUAAUUGCAAAGAUAUAAAAAUCUUCUGUAUAUGUGAUGUGUAACUUUAAGUAAUACUUUUUUCUUUUAUCACAAAAAUGACCUGUUUGAUAUGAAUCGUUGAGGGUUUUUGUCACAUUUUCCAUGUUAAUGAAGUCAGAAAUCCGAGGUGUGACUAAGAACACUCUUGAAUUAACUGUGCCAAACUCCUCUAAAACAGUACAGUAAUUCUGUAGAAGGAACUGUUGACCUCUGUAGACGCAAUUUUUUUUUUUUGUUUUAAACCACACAUUUGUCAAGAGAUACUCAGUUACUCUGUCUGUGAACUUGAAGGCUUGGAGGUCGUCAGAGAGGAACCUCACCAUCUAGGAACAGUCCUAAAUCUCAUUUGUAAUACAAUUUGAGGAAAUUCUGAGUUAUGUUUUAUUUAAAAUUAUUUUGAGAGCUAUAUUUGUGUAAAUUUGUUUUACUUCUUUUAUCCAGAAUUGUGACUGAUUAACUUCUGUUUUUUUUCCUUGGUGUAGGUGUGGUAAAAGUGUCCAUUUUCACUGCGACUUCAGUGCACACCUGAUUAUUGUAGCAAUCUGUUAAAGCAAUUUAUUUUUAAACUGAAAAGUAGCAUAUUUACCCUGUGUAGGGUGAUUAGUCCUGUUCCCUCUGACAAAGCUGGGUGACAUGAGCUCUCCCUCCAUAGUCAGAGGUGUGAGUGCCCCGUGCAGUCCUCCCUGGUGAGGGACUAGGUCCUCCCCUCAUCCAGAAAUUGCAGGUAAGACCCAGGAGAACUGCAUAGGCUGAAAUGGCUCCCAACCAAGGCAGCUGCAAUGAGUUUAGUUCCCCAGUUGAAAUGCUGUCUGGGAGCAUUGUUUGGACCUGUAAAAUGCACUUUUGAAAGCCUAGUUCCAUUGCUCUGCUUGGCAGGCUUUUUUCUAAGAGUUUCCCAAUCCUGCCUUGUUGAGGGAGAUAGCAAGGAUUGCCAGUACUUGUGGGUUUGGAUCCCAUGGUUAUUAACACUUCACAGCCCAAGGAGAAAAGAUCUCUUUAUGCCUUGGGAGAGUUAACAAUUCAUCUCUUGAGCUGUAUGAUCUGAGUGAGUGCAGUGCCUCGUUUGGGCACCAGUAAAUCCACAGAGCUCAAAGCAAUAGACUCUCUUUUAUGCUCAUUUGCAGAACAUGGUAUCUUUUAAAAUGGGAUUUUUACCCAUUUUGCAUACCUGAUGCAAAAUAUUCUUUUCUUCACUUUUUACAUCACUAGAUCCCUGUGAUUUAUAGUUUUGUAAAAGCUUGUUCCUUUCUAAAAUUGAGUAAAUUCAAAUGUUUUGGAGAAGUAUGCUUGAAAAUAGAAAUCUGCUUUUCUUUUUAGGGAAGUAGAAUGAAAAAUUGAUAAGAUGAUUUGGAGAAACUCGUAGGGUGAUAAUUAAUGAAAAGUUUCUGAAAUUUAUAAUUUCUUACAUUGAUUUAAUAUUUCAGUAUUUUAAAUAUUUUGUUGUCAGUGGAGGCCAUUCAUUAAAAUGGCCUACUUCUUCCACUUCUAGAUUGACUUGUAUUUGAUAGGGAGAAAAAAAAGUAAGUCAAGCUAUAACAAAACUGAUGUUACAACGAGAUUUAGGAACAAAAACAAUCCAAAACUCUGCAUACUACACUUUAGCCAACAGUCCAGGAUUGAAGGGCAGUGGGAUAAUUCUUUUAGAACAGCUAGUAUUUUGGAUUGCUGCACAAAACUCGUGUAGAUAAAAAUCUAUUUUGCAAUGCAUUAGCUCUAAAUUUUAUAAUUUUUUAAAAGUUAUUACAGUUAUGUCCUGAGGCAUCAGAAGAAAAUUUUCUUAUUGAAAAAACCUAUUAACAGCUGUGGUUUCAGCAAAGACUUUAGUAAACAGGCAGCAAAGUUGUGAUGUACUGAAUACAGCAGUAUGUAGGGCACUUUUUACCUGCCAUUAAGAGCUUAUAAUACAGCAAAUUAGAUAGCUGUGGCACCCAUUUUUUAACUGCACUUUAUUAAUUUUAAAAAUGUGGUGAAAUAUUGAUAAAAUUUAAUGUUGUAAGCUUGUGUCUUUGCUUUUUUUAUGCAAAAAAGUAAAUGCAUGGUAAUUAGCAUCGUAACAAAUGCUUUUGAAUGUAAUAUCUUAUUAGUGGCUUAAAGCUUCUCUUUUUAACAGAUGCAUUGUAAAAGCAGACUCUUGGCAUGUCACCAGGUGUCUUUUCUUUGGGCAUAUCAAAUGGAAGGAGAGACUCUUGUGAAAAAUAGCUUGGUUUUCUUUUCUUUUCCAUUCUUCAAUACCAGGUGACAAUAAUGUGCUGAUCAUGGGACAGACUAUUGGUACCAGUUAGGCUGUAUGUAGAAAUACACGUUUCCCUUUUUUAUGGCUUUAAUUUUUCAUCAAAAGAUGAGUAAAUACCACUUUCAGAACUCUACAGGAGAAUGGUAGGUAAGGUGUUCUGUAACUGAUUCGUGGAAUCAGUACUUGAUGACAGGAAGUAUACUUCAAAUACUCAUUUUCUCAGAGUGUUUCAGUGGAUUUCAGUGGAUGCUGUAUGGGUUACUUGUGUGAAUUCUUCAGUGGUAAGAAUUACAUCUCUGAAGCCUACUCUACUUCUAUAAAGACAUGCUAUCUUGAGUCAGCUCCAUAAUUUAAUAACUUAAUUGCUUAAAAAAUAUAAUCCGUUGAAUAAUGAAAUAUAUGCACAGUAAGAUGAGGGGGGCUGGCUUCAUAUAUAAAUUCUUAACAAUUCCAAAUUAUGUACUAAAGUUUAUUAAAAGUUAAAUUAGUAACAGUGUUUGGAAGAGAAUUACUUCCAUCUUUGCUUCAAAUAUUGUGGGAUAAGAUUACUCAUAUUGCAGAACUAACAACCUAAGGGUAAAAGCCUACACGAGGGAGUAAAUGCAUUUAGGCAGCUUUAAAGAGGAGAGGAGGAGGAGACUGAGUGCACACCUAGAGAUCCAGAUGUCUUCCUACUGCUGUGGUUGGGACACCAGCAGACAGAUACAUAGCAGAAAGGUUUAGGUGUUUGUGUGUCUGUUUGCGAUGGAAAAUGAAAUUUCAUUCUUUAGAAUUUUCAGGCUGUAUAAAAUGGAAUACCAGUUGUUGAUUAUUGUAUGAAGAGGUCUUUUUUUCAUGACCUUGUGUGUGUUUAAGCAUAUGUAUGUACAAGCUUUAUGUAAAAGACCACUUAACAGAGAAGUCUGAAAAUUUGUUUUGUGAUGCUUCUGCUGAGCCAGUCAGGAAAAUAAAGGGCUGCUUGACAAUUACUCCAGCUUAGGGUCUGGUGUGCUGUUGGCUGCUGCUGAAAGCCAUCAAUGAAGCAAAUAGAAAGGGACUAGAAUUUUCAGCUGAAAAAGUGCAAGUGUAGAAGACUUUGAAAACUAUUGCAAGCCCCUUUCAUAUUUUAAUACCCUACUGUACAACACCAUUAUCUGGCUACAAGGAACUCCAUGAGGGAAAGUUUGUUCCUGGUCAGAUUUCUCUGUCUAUGGAAUACAGGCAGAAAAAGAACGGUACUUCAUUGCUGAUACCCUGAUUGAUGGCAGCCAGAUGGAAAUAGUGACAAUAUUUGUGAACUUUUAACCUUCAUCCAAACCUGGAUAAAAUCUCUGUUAGGUGAAGUUCUUAGGAUUUUCUGAAAGCAACUUGAAAGAUGUUUUUAUGGCAGAGAAGAUGAAAUACGUGCUGCCUGGGUUGUUUAGAGAUCUGGGAUAAAGCAUCAAGUCAUACUUUUAGAUGGUAACACUUGGUAAAGUUUCUUAUCCAUUUAAAAUUCCUACUAGCUACCUCCUUUCAAAGUCUUGUUCUAUUUAUAAUAACCAAGCACUUUAUAGCUCAGUAAAGAAUGGAAGGUAGCUCUGAAGACUAAAUCAUAUUGUUUGGUAUAAGAAAUAUUUUGGCAAAAUUUCUUCUGAGAACAGUUUCAUUGUGUGAUGUCCUGCACUGAGAGGGCAUCUGUUUAGUACGAAGUAUAUACAUUUUAAACCUAGUUGUGAGUAAAAGAAGUGUCUGUAAGAGAGUGAAGUACAAAGAGAUCAGCAUGGCUUGGUAUCAACCACAUAAUGAUUCAGUGUGCUAUUGAUAACUUCCUACUUACUGAAAUUGAAAAUAUAAAAGCAAAUAAAAUAUUCUGUAUUGUAUCUUUAAUCUAUGUGUGGGAUGUCAAACAUUGUGCUUGUCUUGUGGACAGGACAUGCUUUUAUGAGCCUAUAAAUAUUUAAGUAUAUGAGAAUCUGCACCCAAAUGGAACAUGUUGCAUGUACAUUGUCUUCUAAGUUUUUAAAUUUUGGUAUUUUUAAAAAUUUGCUAGGUUUGAAAGCAACAUUUAAAUAUGAAUACUAAGCUGUAAUACAGAAUACAAAAUUUAGAAUGCAAUGUGGUUUUGUUUAUAGUAAUCCUAUUCCAGUUUCACAAGAAACAUCAGAUCAUAGGGGGAAGGGAGGAAAAGGGCUAGUCAUGAGCUCGGCUAUAUAAUUUGCACACUUAAUAUGCACACAUCCAAAUGUCCUGGAUUUGUUUCUAGCAUGCAUUUACCAAACAGUGUUUUCUUCAGUAUUGACAGAUACCUAUUUAUGUAGAAUAAGCACAGCUAACCUGUUACAAAAUCAAAUUACAAAACCUGUUUGGAACAAAUGAGUUACGAGUUAGGCAUAAGUAAUGGAGCUGUAAUUCGAAAAUGUUUAUAUAAUCUAUCUAAGAAGACACUUGAUGAGUUUAUCUAAGUUAUGUGCAGAGCAAGGAUGAAAACUGUAGAUUCUGCUAGACUGAUUUCUGGUAAAUUUUGACAAUCUGUUUUGCAGUAAAUUCUAAUACUGUCACAAAAUGUUAGGAUCACAUUAUUAAAUUCAACUAGUAAUGUGACCUGAUUGGAGUAGCAAUCCUUAUCAUGGCACAAGAACUUAAACAUGCAAUAUAACAAUUCUGAAGAUUGGUGAUAAAAGUAAUCCAUCAUAGCAAAGUGAAUUAUUAAGUAUUAUGGGUUUAUAUUUACUUUCUAUUACAAGAAAGAAUCUAAAUUAUUUUGUUAGCAUUUCAGUGAUAUUGUAAAGCAUUUCUGUAUUUUGUUUGAACAGUUUAGGAGCUUGCAUAAAAUUAUAUUGGCUGAUUUUUUUUUCCCUUUGAUAUAUGCAAUAAUGUCAAUAAGCAAUAAAUUGCAUGUUGUAUGCAAAUUAUUGGUACAUCAUAAUAAAGGAAAGGAACACA